AGUGAAGUGAAGUGAAAUUCUGGUUUGAUAACACACCAAGCAGAGAUUUCCGAUCCGCUUGAUACUCUACCACCGGGGAACAACUCGGGUCUUCUGCAUCAGAUCUUGCGGCGCUAAACAACGAUGUCUUCCAAAGUGUCGUGUGCGUUGCUGGUAGCUACGGCUGCCAUCGUCAUCUUUUGCUUGUCCACCACGGUUCAAGCGCAUACGUAUAAAACGGGUGAUUGUCCUAGCGUCGAGCCGAUGAGUGACUUCCGAAUGAAGCAGUUCCUCGGCAUCUGGUACGUCAUCCAGAAGACGGGCACCGCUUCAUCGUGCGUAAUCUACAACAUCACCAAAAACGUGGACACGGCGGACGAGUACUUCAUCGAGCAGAUCUCCCAGAGGGCCCCGCUCUCGGUCAACCCCAUCAAGCACGAGUACUCGUACACCGGAAAGCUCUCCGUCACCGAUCGGGACGUACCGGCCCGAAUGACCGUCCGGUUUCCGCUCAGUGUGGCCGGGUCGGCAAAGUUUGUCGUAUUCAUGAGCGACUUCGACACGUACGCGGGAGUGUUUUCGUGCCAGAAGAUACCGUUCGGCCACCGGCAGAGUGCGACCCUGCUGUCUAGGACGCGCGAUUUGGAUAAAAUCUACGUCGACAAGAUCCGCAGCCGACUUGGUUCGUUCGCCGUCGAUCCGUUCGACCUGAGCAUCGUCAAUCAGACGGGCUGCCCGAAGGAGGGUGAAGCCGGAUGGAAUAUCCACAUCGAUCCGGACACCUUCUCGACGCGCAACAUUGCCAACGCGUUCCGGAAGGCGGGCGAAGCGAUCGGCGACGGCUUUGAGGCCGCAGUCAACGCCGGCAAAAAGCUAUACAACAGCUAUAGGGAGAGCGACGAAGUGGAAGUGGCCACCGUAGAGGAGACAACAAACCGUGCCGAACGACUCGUCCACCAGUCCGAGUGGUUGCCUUGAAGCUGUUUUAUGUAUGAGCAGAAGCGGAAAGGUCUGAAAAUAAAUACGCAAGCUCCUCCGUUUUUUUAUCGGA